AUGUCGUCCUCCGGUUUCCCAUCUGCCAAACUCCCCGAGUCCCUCGCUUCACUCUCCCCUGCCGCCCAGCCCAAACUCCACCUCUACACCGCCCCCACGCCUAACGGCUUCAAGGUCUCCAUCAUCCUUGAGGAACUCCUGCUCGCCUACCCGGACGCCAAGGAGAUCCAGUACGACUUUUACCAGCUGUCAUUUGACAAUAACGAUCAGAAGAGCGAGCAGUACCUGAAAAUCAACCCGAAUGGGCGCAUUCCGGGAUUGGUGGAUGAUAACCAUGGUGGACACAAUGUGUUCGAGACGGCUAGUAUCAUGAUCUGGCUCGUUGAGAACUACGACAAGGAGAACAAGUUCUGGUUUAGCGACCCGCUUCUCAAGUCCAAGGCGAACAGCUGGCUCUUCUUCAUCCAUGGUGGUCUCAACGCGAUGCAAGGCCAGGCGAACCACUUCUACCGAUACGCACCCGAGAAGAUUCCGUACGCCAUCAAGCGAUACCAAGACGAGACCCGCCGGAUCUACUCUGUGCUCGAGGACGGCCUCAAACUCGGCAAGGGCGAGUGGCUCGUUGGCGACAAGUACAGUAUCGUCGAUAUUUCCGCUUUCGGCUGGGUUCGUAGCCACGCCUGGGCCGGCGUCGAGGACAUCUCGGCCUACCCCAAGCUCUCGGCAUGGCUCGACCGCAUCGCCGAGCGUAAGGGCGCAUACAACGGCCUCGGCGUGCCGGUCAGGCCCAAAGCGAAGAUGACCAAGGAGGAGGAAGAGGAGCAGGCAAAGGCGGCUAGUAAGUGGGUCAUGAAGGGCCAGGAGCAGAAGUGA